AUGGCGCUUCUCGUAGACAAGCACCGACCACGGUCUCUCGACCAAUUGACCUACCACAAAGAUCUCUCUGAGCGUCUGCGAUCUCUUGCCCAAAGCGGCGACUUCCCUCAUCUCCUCGUCUACGGCCCCUCUGGCGCAGGGAAGAAAACCCGAAUUGUAGCAACCCUGAAGGAGCUCUACGGUCCCGGCGUCGAGAAAAUAAAGAUCGACUCGCGCGUCUUCCAAACGACCUCCAACCGAAAACUAGAAUUCAACAUCGUGGCUUCAGUCUACCAUCUCGAGAUCACUCCGUCUGACGUUGGGAACUACGAUCGUGUUGUUGUGCAAGAUUUGCUGAAGGAGGUAGCACAGACGCAGCAAGUUGACCAGAGCGCGAAGCAGCGGUUCAAGGUCGUGGUUAUUAACGAGGCGGAUCACUUGACGCGCGAUGCGCAGGCGGCUUUGAGGAGGACGAUGGAGAAGUAUAGUCCGAAUUUGCGACUGAUAUUACUGGCGAACAGCACGGCGAACAUCAUUGCGCCGAUUCGAAGUAGGACUCUAUUGGUGAGGGUGGCGGCGCCGACGGAGGGGGAGAUUUGUGAGGCUUUGGAGAGGAGUGCGGGGAAGGAGGGAUGGGCGGUGGCCAAGGAGUUGAAUGCUAGGAUUGCGCGGGAGAGUGAAAGGAAUUUGAGAAGGGCGCUGUUGAUGUUUGAGGCGGUGCAUGCGCAGAACGAGAAAGUAUCAGACAAAACACCAAUACCCCCCCCUGACUGGGAAGCCCUGAUCGGUCAAGUCGCCAAGGAGAUGAUAGAAGAGCGCUCCCCAGCACGAAUCCUCCAAGUGCGAGCCAAACUCUAUGACCUCCUCACGCAUUGCAUUCCUCCUACGACCAUUCUCAAGACAUUAACUUUCAAGCUUAUACCUCAAGUCGAUGAUGCUUUGAAGGCGGAAGUCAUCAAAUGGUCAGCGUUUUAUGAGCAUAGAAUUCGGAUGGGCUCGAAAGUUAUUUUCCAUCUGGAGGCUUUUGUGGCGAAGUUUAUGAGGAUUGUAGAGGAGCAUCUAAUGAAUAUGGACUUUUAA